AAUUCUGGGUGUGGCUGCCCUCUUGGCGCCGGGUGGCGCUGGGCUCUCCAGCCCUUCCAAGGGCUGGCGCAGAAAAUGGACUUGUGGUUCGCGGGCUGCGGCAGAGAUGCGCCAGGGCUAAGGAGCGUCAGUGUUCAACAGAUGCACGGAAAGACGGCUUCUUUGAAGAGCACGGAGAAACUAGGCAGGGUCCAGAGACCCCGAGGCUCCAGGCCAACCUGGCCAGGGCAGAAGUUUGCGUUUCAGCACCACCCCCUCUCCGCCAGACCUGGUAGCGCCCGUCAGGUCAGUCUGCACUGGCCAGAAGGCUUGAAGGGUGAAGACAUAAAGAAGUGCGGCCGAGAAGGGAUGCUACUGAGAAAGUACAACCAGCAAUAUCACAAGCUGUUUAAGGACAUCCCCUUGGAGGAGGUGGUUCUCAAAGUGUGCUCCUGCGCCCUCCAGAGGGACCUCCUUCUCCAGGGCCGGCUCUACAUCUCCCCCAACUGGCUCUGCUUCCAUGCCAGCCUCUUUGGCAAGGAUAUCAAGGUGGUCAUUCCCGUGGUGUCUGUGCAAAUGAUCAAAAAACACAAGAUGGCGCGGCUCCUUCCCAAUGGCCUGGCCAUCACCACCACCACCAGCCAGAAGUAUGUCUUUGUGUCACUGCUCUCCCGGGACAGUGUAUAUGACAUGCUGAGGAGGGUCUGCACCCACCUACAGCCUUCCAGCAAGAAGAGUCUGAGUGCAAGAGAACGUCUAGAGGAACCUGAGUGCGAGUCUCUGGAAGUCCUCAUCCCUGAGAUGAAGUGGAGAAAAGUGUGCCCUGCCUCCAGGUCCCUGUCCCUCCCAGACAACAUCCCUUGUAUCCCUCGGGCAUCCAUGGACUCCACGGAUGACUUCUUCCCCUCCAGGAAGCCUCCGGGGUCUGGUGAGUUCAGCGGAAAGCCAAGAGCCCAAGCGGCUUCAGAGAAUACGGGUGGGGGAGUGGGCUGGGGUCCUGCCUUCUGCCCUGGGAAGAUGCCUAGCAGUCCUGUUGCAGAGAACGCUGACUGUGAGGAGGAGAAGCUGGAGGGGGAGCCCAAGAGCAACGGGGGCCUGAGGCUCUGGGAUCACGGGCUCCUGAAGGUCUUCCUCGUGCUGAUCUGCUUCUUGGUCAUGUCUUCAUCGUACCUGGCGUUCCGCAUCUCCCGGCUAGAACAGCAGUUAUGCUCCCUGAAUUGGGGCGGCUCAGUCCCUGGGCACAGGUGAUGCCCUUUCUCUUUCUCAUGCUUCUGGGAUUGAGGGUUAAGGACAGCAGCCAAAACCUAUGGCCAGGCUGCUUGUUAGUCUGGCUGGUCUUGGCCUUGCCCUUGCCCUUGAGCUGGCUUGAUGGCCCUCAGCAAGGUUCGGCAGGGUACACAGAUCCCACCUGGACCCCCUCUCAUGGGUGGACAAAGUCUUCAUUGACUCACCUGUCUGCCUUCUAGGCCCUUUGUCUGACCUGGUCAUCUCUCCUGUGUGCAGGUAACAGCCACUUGGCCUUUGUCCCCACUCCUCCAAGAAGAAUGCUCUGGGUGCUAAGGUGCCACCAACAAUCCCCUUGGUUUAUGCUGCUGCUGUGCUGAGACUGAGUCUAAAAGAAAAUAUUCCAGAUCCCUCCUCCUCCCCGCAACUCUUCUCCCUCCUUUAAUGAGUGAUCUUUAGUACCUGUUUACAAAGCUCCUACAAUUUUGGGACUCGGACAAAAAGCCAGAUUUUUGGAUCUAGCCGAGGAAUUCUGUACACUAAGCCUCAGCAACCACUUAAAUGAAAA